CGCUGACAUUUUCACGUGAAGAACGUACGUUUUCUGCGUUGUUUCGAAGAGAAUUUCCCGAUAUUAUGUGAAUUCACCACUAAAAAAAUGUUAGAAUUCGAUGAAAAUAUUGUGAAAUUACAAUGUUAAUGCGGCAUAUUCGUUUGUUAUUUUACAAAGCUCAAGCUCAAAGACGCUAUUACAAAAUGAGUACUGCCAAUACAAAACCCUUCACGGUGUUCGUGGAAGGUAAUAUUGGUAGUGGUAAAACGACAUUUCUGGAACAUUUUCGCCAAUUUGAAGAUAUAACGCUUUUGACCGAGCCAGUGGAGGAAUGGCGUAAUCUCCGAGGAUGGAACCUAUUGGAUCUCAUGUACAAAGACCCUACAAAAUGGGCAAUGGCUUUCCAAGCCUAUGUGUCCCUGACCAUGUUGGACAUGCACCGGAGGCCUACAGCGACCCCAGUGAAGCUCAUGGAGCGGUCAUUGUACAGUGCAAGGUACUGCUUUGUGGAGCACAUGCACAGGAGUGGCACUCUACACCCGGCCCAGUUCUCGGUGCUGGACGAGUGGUUCCGGUUUAUUCAUACGGAGAUCCCUAUUCAAGCUGAUCUAAUUGUCUACCUCAAAACAAACCCAGUGAUUGCCCACGAGAGGAUAAAGAAGCGAGCUCGCUCCGAGGAGCAGUGCGUCCCGCUGUCAUAUUUGGAAGAGCUCCACACCCUGCACGAAGACUGGCUGGUCAACAGGACUCAUGCCGAGUGCCCUGCCCCAGUCCUGGUAAUAGAUGCAGACUUAGACUUAUCUCAAAUAACUGAGGAGUACAAGAGAUCCGAACACCAAAUCUUGAGGAAGGCCGUGGAUGUAGUGAUGCGCUCUCCGAACAAGCUCAGCCCCAAGAAGCCCAUCACCAGCUCGCCUAUCAAGAUCGUUCCACAAAUUAGACUGUAACAUAGACUUAACCUUGUUAAGGUUGCUUUAAAUUUUAUAAUUUAGAUUUUAAUUGUGUGUUCUUGAUUUUACCUAAUUUCUUUGGUAAAAAAAUAGUUUUAUCUAUUUAAGGCACUGACUUUACCCUGUUGCGGCUAAUUUCAAAUUUGAGAAGGAUUCCAAAAGGCUUCCUAAAUUUUCACAUUCUUAAUUUUGUGUUUGUAGAUAUUAAGAGCAUAGCAGCAUUCAAGCCUCUUCAAGCAGUUUAAUUUAAAUUACAUAACAAUAGAUAGGUACUAUUUCUUGCUUUGACAUGAUAGACUGCUGAAGCAUAUGACAUAUUUCACAGACAUUUACCAAUUAAAUAUUGCUUUAUUUAUUGAUUGAAUAAACUUGAAUGACCUGCCUAGUGUGACCUCCAGUUUCUAAGUAUUAUUACUAGCCUGUAAGUAAUAAUGUAUAAUUUGUGUAACAUUAUGAUUUAUGACUAUGUACAUUGAUUGUACAUAAUACUAUUGAUUGAUGUGAAUGAUGUGUAAGGUAUAAAAUUCCUUAAUUUAACAUAUUGCAUUUAAUAUGUCCAUUUAACUUUGUAUUAAACGGCUGUAAAAAUAAAUAAAGAUAGUACUUUAUGACUGAAGCAAAUAAGUGUAUUUGCAGAGAAACUUGUUUGUAGAAUUUUUAAAGAAUCACAAAUAGCAUAAUUGAGUUUUGUCAAAUAUGCAGAGUUUAUAUGACGUCCCACGGGUAAAGGUACCUAUGGCGGAUACGCUAUUAUUAUCGCCGCUCCAAUACUACUGCGCUGCUAUGCGACGUAAGCGCCAGCCGCCAUAAGGUACCUUUUCCCGUGGAACGUCACUAUAUUUAUGUAAUUUAUAAACAAAUAAAUUUCUACUGAUCAUUUAA